GGAGAAGCUGGUGAGCUAGUUUGCGAGUCAUGGAAGAACCUGGAGCAGAACAAGUCCAGCCCACCACCAAGUCCUGCUCUGUCAGCUCAGGUGCGCUGGCUGAAGAGGCAUGUCCACAAUCCGUCUGUGGCCCUCAGAUUUGUGUAGACAAGUCUAAACCUGCUGAAGGAGACGCAUGUCAAGAUGAAGCUCCAGCAGAAACAGAACCUCAGAAUUCAGACCAGAAAGAACCAGAAGCUCAGAGUGAAGAGAAUGGAUCUACAGAAGAGGUCAAGGAGGAGGAACCCCUAGGUCCGGAUGAUGUGGUGUGUGACUCCUGCAUUGAGAGCCCUUGUAGGGCCAUCAAGUCCUGCCUCACCUGCCUGGUGUCGUACUGUGAGCCCCACCUGAGGCCUCACCUGGAAAACCCAAAGUUCCACAGCCAUCGCUUGGUGGAUCCACUGAGGGACAUCGAGAGACGCACUUGUGAGACCCACAAAUGGCCCCUGGAGCUUUUCUGCAGUGCGGACUCCUGCUGCAUCUGCCAGGACUGUGUGACCGAGGAGCACCGAGGCCACAAGACCGUCCCAGUGGAGGAGGCACGGCGCCAGAUCGAGAGGGAGCUGAAAAACAAACAAGGUGAGAUGGUGAAGACGGUGACAGCGGCAGAGAACGCCAUCAGCAAACUGCAACUCAACACAGUUUCCAUUGAGAACUCAGCCACGGAGGUGCGUGCUGUGAUCGACAACCAGUUUGAGGCCCUGGAGGCAGCGAUGCAGAAGGCCAAGCGUGAGGUGAACGAGAUCUUAGAGGGCGAGGAGAAGCAGGCCCUGAAGCAAGCUGAGGGUAUCCGGGUCCACCUGGAGCAGCGGUGUGCUGAGCUGAAGAAGACCCAGAGUCAAGUGGAGAAGCUGUCCAAAAACAAGAACGAUGUGGACUUUCUUCAGGAAUAUUCCGAGUGGAAGAAAGAGGCCACUGACAUCACCCUGCCAGGGGUCUACAUCGGACUGAUGGACCGUCUCAACUCCUUCAGCAAGAUAAUUGUGGACGCCACGCAGGAACUCUGCCGCCAGCUUGACUCUUCUUACACCGGGAGGAUCAAAGACAUGUGCAACUCUGACAAAAUGGGAAUAAAAACAACCGUCCACGCCAUUGCUGCCACCAGACAAAACUCCCAAGUACCAGACCCAGUGACUCGAGACGACUUCCUCAAGUAUUCUGCAAAUGUAAUCUUCGACGGCAACACAGUGCACAAGUUUCUCCGUCUAACUGAGGAGAACAAGAAAGUGACCAACACCACCCCCUGGCAGCACCCGUACCCGGACCUGCCCGAACGCUUUGAGAGCUGGCGCCAAGUCCUGGCCUCAGAGAGCUUCUACUUAGGACGCCACUACUUCGAGGCAGACAUCAGUGGAGAGGGCACACACGUGGGGAUCACCUACAAGAGCAUAGACCGAAAAGGCAGCGAAAGCAACAGCUGCAUCACCGGGAACAACUUUUCUUGGUGCCUCCAAUGGAACGGUCGGACUUUCUCUGCCUGGCACAGUGACGUGGAGACGCCGCUCAGUGUACACAAGUUCACGCGCAUCGGUGUCUAUGUAGACUACACACAAGGCCUUCUGAAGUUCUAUGGGGUUGAUGACACCAUGACCCUGAUCCACCAGUACCAGGCAGAGUUCUUAGAGCCUCUCUACCCGGCUUUCUGGUUGUCCAAGAAGGAGAAUGUUGUUGCCUUGGUGACACCAGGGGAGCCACUUCCUAUCAAAAGCCCCUCACCACCUACCUCACCUGCAAACGGGGGCAUUGCCCCAAAAACAGCUGGAUGAUGAACAUGAAAUUGAAUUGGAUCAACUGACGUUGAUCUCAAAUAAAGGACCACCUCAAAACAUUUUUUGUAGUUGAGCAUUUAUUGUAAAUGUGGCUUGAAGCUUUUUUCCUCAUGCGAGCCAAUUAAUAUAUCAAGUUCAGAUGGUACGUUUGUUUAUUAGUGGGUACUGAAGUGUUAAAAGUAAAAAAAAAUCCAGAUCUUACACAGAAUAAAUAGAAUUACUAAUAAAUAAAAAUAUAUUUAACAUAUGUUUAGAAAACUAAUUUUUAAAAAAACUUUUUGUGAACUUUCUUACAUUGCCCUUGAUAAUUAAAUAAUAAUAACAAUACUACUACAGGUACUACUAAUAAUAAUAACAGUGUUUUAGUUAAAUUUUGCAACAGAUUCCAUGUUGAAGCAGGGCAAAUGGGCCUACUUCAUUUCUGUAUUGAGUUUGCUGUCAGAUUAACUUCUGUUACACUGUGAAUUUAUUCGUCAAUAAAAUGUUUGGGAGA